UACUGAUACUAAAAAAAAAAAAAUUGCUGUUAUCCUCAGUUGUCUGCUGCCAAUACUAAUUAUACAAUAUAUACUUAGUGUGGAAACAAGGUUUUUUUUCUUUUCUUUCUUUGUAAAUUACAUAAUAAAUCGAUAACCUUUUCAAGAUGCCACCAAAAUUCGGAGGCGGUGACAAGUGUGGAAUCUGUUCCAAGACAGUGUAUGCCCAGGAGAAGAUAGAGGCUGGGGGUGUUCCUUUCCAUAAACAGUGUUUUAAAUGUUCACAUUGCAAGAUGUCACUCAACUUACAAAACUACGCCCAAGCAGAGAAAGUCUUGUACUGCAAGAAUCAUUACCAGUCUGAAGUAGUAGCCAAGAAUUCCCAGAUUGUCUCCUGAUUUGAGUGCUGUCCAUCUUCUAGUCUACAGGGAACACGAGAUGUACUUUAGUGAUGUUUAUAGACAUAUCUAGCCUUUUGUGUAUACAAUGUUUUGUUUCUAGUUUGGUUACACUUUUAUUCCAUGAAUGUAAUUCAUUUUUUGAUGUCGCACCAUAGCCAUGUUAGCACAGAUGCUGUAUUCUAUUAGUCUAGUUGUUUCACUUAAAAAAACUGUGACAAAAUAUACAGUUGCAAACACUCCACUCAUCAUGAAUCUUUGAAAUCGAAGAAAUUGCAAUUAUUAUUAAUAAUUUAGUGCCUUAUUGACUACAUAAUAAUUCUGUUAAUUAUGACAUAUUCUAAAUACAAGAUAGAAAUGAAAAGCACACCCAAAAUAGACUUACCACUCUACUAGAUAACAUCUGACUAUUACUAUACAGCAAUAAUAGUGUGUGCCUUAAAUUUGAUCUUGUAGUUGUUUAGUGACAUAGAGUGUUGAUAUUGUGUGCAUUCAUUUGCUAGUUUAUUCAAAUAAUUUUGUACCUAGGGUAUUUUUGUAUGUCUAUGAAUGGCUAACUAGAUUCCUUUAUUUUGGUAGCAAAUACAAGACAUAAAAUCAUUAUCAUUCUUUUAAAGAAGGAAAGAUAAAUUCAGCUCUUUUAAAAGAUUUUUUUUGUAGAAAAAAUGUAUCAGUAUUUAAACAAAAAAGAAGAAUUGACGUAGCUGUAUCUGAGGCAUGAGGCAACAUUACAAGACAUGCUCUUGGUUUCAGUUUUGUUGAAUUGUAAAUAAUUUCAAACAUGGUGCUAACUAGAGAUUUACUUUAGACUAGUUACGGUCCUCUAGUGUUAAUGUUCAGCUAAGCUUCAACAGUCUGGACACUAAUAUCAUCUGUCAUUUUAGUUGUUUUUUUAUACUUUUAAUUAUUUUUAAAAAUAUUUUUUAUUAUUUUUGUACUGUUUUCUUCUUGUUACUUUUUUUUUUCCACCACAGUUAGGACUGAUGCACUUUUUAAAAAAGUUCUAUAACACACAUACAGUCCCUUUUUGAUUUGAACCAAUAAAAUGUAAUUUAUUCAACAUUAA